GAGCUCUCCAUGGGAUUUAAUGCAGAAUUGUGGGGCCCAUUGAUGACCAGGCUGUGGUAGAUCCUGCAACUGUGCACAGCUGGUUUCUUUCCCGUGACUUUAGAGUCAAGGUUUUAAACGUGUCUAAUUAUUCCAUCCAUCACAUGCAAUUGAAGCGAACCUGGAAAGCCUCUUGUGACUUGAAACGGACCGCUUGCCGAAGCUAUUGGGCCGUCACAUUCGUCGCAUUCUGAAUGCUUCCUUCGAGGCCAUCAAGACCAUUCUAGUUGGCAGAUUAUGCCACAGCUCCAGUGGAAAACUCUGGGUAGAGUUGUAGACGUUGCAAUGAAACCGUUUCAGUAAAGGGAUUGGAGGGAGAAAGUGCAAAAAGAUUGACUUAAAAGGUGUCGGUACGGAGUGAAGAAUCGACGAGGCGGCGGUGAUGACGAUGAGGCAAAGAUCCGGAUCGAUCACAUCGAACCGGCACAGCUGGCGUUGUCUUGUGGAUUAGCGGUUGAAGAGCAACAGCUCCGUUCUACGCCAGACCUGGAGCUCCUGGAUUUCGGCUUUGAAUGCCGGGAUUGGCAGUUGGCAUCAAGAAAUGCGCCAUUUUGUAAUUGAUAAUCUGUUAAGAAGAUCUUCCAUAUCUAACGGACCUCUGACAUUCUUUGGGCCUUCUUGUUAGUUUCGAACGCUGGGGCUGGCCGUGGGAAGAAGUUCAUCCGUUAUUUUGGGUUGUAUGGAGGACAGUGGAUGGAUAAUUAUCGGAGUUGGGUCAACCUGUGCGUUUGUUAGUUUACGAUAUAUUUGUAACAAAGUAUAUCCGACGAAUAAGAUAAAUUCUAGUUCAUUUUUUAGCAUGUGGGGUUGUGAUGGUUACAAGAUGUAAUUACAAGAUGGUGGAAGAUAUAUGACAAGAGCGGCGCACUCCCUGCAGCCUUCUUCUUCAUGCCAUCAUCUCAAUGGAGCACUCGCUCUCUGCGCGCUCCCUCUACCGUGCCCGACGCUACCAUGCAGGAUCCAUUUGAACCGUCGUGCUUCCUGAAUGGAACCCGUGCAAAGUUAUCGCACUCGGAUUCGGACUACACUUCGCCUGCAGAUUCUGAUGGGCCUCGUGUGCGAGAGAGCAGAAACGCCCAGGAUUGUGCAGUGACUGGAAAAUAUCAUAUGAGGCAGCAUGCGUAAACACUGCAACAGUCAUUACAGACUGCGUCCACAGUCAGGAAUGUCAUCAUUAAGCUGCCAAGUCGACUCUUGGUGCCGACUCUGCACGCAGCAGUAUAUCUCAGGCUGAAGUAUCUCUGUGCAUCAACGCAAGGCUCCUUAACCCGGUGAUUGCGCAGUCCCGUAGAGCUCUGCUUUCGAAAUGAAAUGGUGGUGACGAGUUGGUCGCUCAGAAGGCGCUUCAUUUUUAGCACCGACUAUGGUCCACUCAUGUUGGUUAUCACUAAUGGGAUUCGCACUGGCCCGGCAGCCAAAGCUCAGCGUCGUGGGCGAGGAGACAACCAGGAUGUAUUGGCGCUUGGGGACGCAGGCACGAAAAGAUGUGCUACGAAAACGAAGAGACAGUGUCCUCCGAAGACAGCGCCGAGGUCCGACUACCCACUGAACUUGGAGCUAACGGCAACGGGUGGGCAAGGUCCUGAGAGCACAACGAGAAUUUUCCUGCUGCUCGCCGCGGACUGUCUCUGGAUAACGUCCACUUCCUCCCGCCUGGACAUGCUCGGAUCAGGAUCCAGCCACUGUAAAGACUGGAAACGAGACAACAGCGAAAGCUGAGAUGUGUUCAGAAAAAUGACUGUUGGUGCGGGUUCCUGAGCACGAGAUCCAUUAGCAGGCACCAGCGGCGUUUGUGAUUCUCCACAGAGGUGAUGCAUGGAGCAUCUUGUACAUGGUUGCAAAAGAUGUCCAUAGCAGUGUGUGAGGAGGCCUUUGUGUUGAGACUACUCAGGUGAGGUGUCUCCGAUGAGAGCUUCACAGUCUCUCCAAAAUCCAUCACUGUUGCUCAGUGAGCAUCACUUUGUAGUUUGCUGUCAACUGUUUAGAGCACAUUCUGGAAGGAAAUGGUAAUGUGAUUAUGUGGA